AUGUUUGGAAAGGGAAAGUGCUUUAAAAAGGAUUGUGGCUGCCAGAAAUUUUGGCAAAAGCCUGACGCCUCAGAUGCUAAUAUGUGUGGUUGUGAUCACCACGAAGCGUUUCACGAACAAAGACCAACAGGAGAAAGUAGUUCAUUUGCUUCUGCUUCUACUGUGGAAUCCAAUAAUGAUAGGAACUCUUUAACAAGUUUACGCGUUCCACCUGAAACUCUAUUUCUUGCUACAAAUCGAAUACCUCAAGAGAUUGAUUCGAUACAGUCAAAUAAUGUCCGCGCAUUUUUACGUUCAGAACAACUCAAAGGAAACUUGUCAGUUGUAGCUACUAAUAUGUCCAAUAGAUUAAAUUUUGAUUUACAGAAGGAACAUAGCAAAUACAAAAUUAAUUCCAAAAGAAGUUAUAAAAAAAAUAAGACCAAAUCAAUUUCAUUUGAUUUCACCUUAAUUCCAAAAAGAAACAUAUCCACUAUCCCAAAAAGAGGGAAUGAACUAUGGGACCAGUUGAAUUCCCAAAAUUUGUUAUUAAGGAAAAUUUCCUUUAAUCAAGACGAUCCAUAUUAUAUUAACAACCAAGUUACUUCAGUCUUCCCUUGUUUAAAUCAAACUGGCUGGGUAUGCUACAAAGCAAAGACUACUAGUGAACUUCCAUUUGAAGCUAGUGCUAUUAAAGAUCUUGAAUAUAUUAGAAGAGCAUCUACGAGUAAAUCUAAAGUAUAUAUAAAACCCAUUAUUGACAAUUUAUGUGAAUCUUCCGACAGUUCAACUGACAAUGAGGAAAUUGAAUCACCUGAUGGCUCACUUCAGAACCUCAUGAAGGAUUUCCAACGCAAAUUACAAGACCAAUAUAUUAAUAGUAACACUACUAUUCAUAUAACUGUAAACGAAAAUUACAUUGUUGAAUCAUUAUUUCAAUGGGUUAAGGAUGCAAGUGAUGAUGAUUUAUUGCGUCGUCCAUCAAUCGUAUUGGUUUUAGAAGAUGUAACAGAUACUGGAGGCGUUUUCCGUCAAAUAAUAUCAACUUUCUGGAACAAAGUCCUUGAAUGUGAUUUGUACUUUACAAAUGGGAUAAUCGAUAACACAACAGAAUCUCAUAUUCUAGGCAAAAUGUUAUUUUGGACCAUCUUACACUGUGGUCUAUGGCCACAGUGGCUUCACAAAUUGCAUAUACAAUAUUUUAUUGAUGAAAAAAUAGACGUGGUGAACGUUCUAAAAACAACUAAUCAUAAUGUUUAUCGCUUAUAUCGUCAAAUAAAACACAAUAUUGACGCUAAAAAAUCAUUAAAUGUAUAUUUAAGCAAUAGAGAAAUUGAUGGUGAAUUUAGUUCUUUAAGUAAAGAAGAACAAGCUGCUUUUAUAGCAGAAUAUGAAAUUAUCACCAUAAGAAAAAAAGCUCUUGAGGAAUUAAAACUUGGAUUCGAUAGAUUUAACAUUAUUAAUGAGUUAAAAAACAACUGCAAUUAUCAUAAUUUAGUUCGGGAGCUUUACUACAAAUUUACAUACGAAAUUAUAAUGAAUCAAUUUGAUUGCAACCAUGUGGAACUUCAGGCACUCCAUAAACCUGAAUAUCUUCAACUAUUUAACAAGUUUAAAGAGAUGUUAAAGUCUAUGAGUGAAACGGAAUUAAAAAUAGUAAUGAAAUUUAUCACAGGAGCAGAAAUAAUUCCAGCAAUUCCCAAAAUUAAGAUCUCAUGGAUUAACCUUAAACCAGAAGAAACUUCUCUCUGGGUAAAUCGAUUACCACGUGCCUCUACAUGCGGAAAUAUGUUAACCUUAUGUGAAAAUUACGAAAUGUCCAAUGAAGGAUUUAAUUUCUUUAAAAAUGAUCUAUAUGUUGGAUUUAUGAAUUACGAAGCUUUCUCAGAGUCCGUAUAUUCAAGAACUUACAAUAUUAAUUAUUCUUUACAAGAUGAAAUUAGGAAUGCAAUGGAAAUCUCACCAAGUUCACCAAGUUCUUCUACAGUUGUGACCCCAAUUCGAUUAUCAACAGCUCAAUUUAAUUCAACAUCUACGGUUAGAUCUUCUGGUAAUUCACUUGAUAAUGCUAUUUUUAUUGAUGAUGCAAACAACAAUUCUUUAGAAUUAAAUGCAGAUUCUCAUCAGACCGCUAGUUUGAAUACAGAAAGUCAAAGAGAAUACCGAUGGGUAAAUGUUAACCCUUUAGAACGAAGAACAAGGAGGAGGAACAAUGAUUCCGAAGUUGAGGGCAAAACAACAAAUAAUUAGGGCUAUCUCUAUUAAAGUUUAAAUAUAUUUUAUCAAAGUUGUAGCAAUCAAAUUUUGAAUAUAUUGAUGAUAAAUGAAAUUUAUUUUGUACGUAAUGAAAAUAUUCAAGUAUCUUUCAUUAUUAAUCUUUUCUCUCCCCUUGGUCAAACGAUGAAGAAUCGGUAUAUUAAGAACCGGUUAAGAAUUAGUUUCUGAG